UGUUCGCGUCCGGGUGAAAGGGGAAAGGCGGCAGCGGUGGCGGCUCCACAUCGACUGCUGCGGCAGGGGCAGAUGUAAGAGGUGAGAAGCCCGGCGAAGAGUGGCUCGCGUCGGGUGAUUUGCCACAUCACUCACGAUGGCGGGGCGGGGAAGAGGACGUGGCCAGAUGACCUUCAACAUCGAGGCCAUUGGAUUCGCCAAAGGAGAAGCACUGCCUCCACCCACGCUGCAGCCACCGCCGCUCUUCCCGCCUCUGGAGUACCGUCCGCUGCCGCUGCUCGCGGGGGAGGAGACCGACUACUUGCUCGCACUCAAACAGGAGCUGCGCGGCGCCAUGAAGAACCUGCCCUACUUCAUCAAGCCCGCCGAGCGCAAGAAAGAUAUUGAGCGGUAUUCUGACAAGUACCAGAGUAAAGGACCUGCAGAUAACGCCAUAGACUGGGCCCCAGACUGGAGACUGUUGCCCAGAGAGUUGAGGAUACAAGUCCGGAAGGCGACCAAAGUCAAAAAAGCUGUGGUUAAGACACAGUUGCCAAAACCCGAGAAGUCCAAGAAAGCAUCAGAAACAGAAAAUCUUGAAAUGCUAAAGAAUCUGGAGACCUUGGAGCAGAAGGAGCAGCAGGCUCCGUCAGACGAGGACGGGGCUGAGGAAGAAGAGAAGGAAGAAGGGGAGGAGGCUGAAGAGGAGGUCCUCGACGAAGAAGAGUUUGAAGAGGAAACGGAUUACGUGAUGUCGUACUUUGAAAAUGGCGAGGAUUUCGGCGGUGACAGUGAUGAUCACAUGGACGAGGCGGUGUACUAGCUUGUCGCGAUAGAUGGAUUUCCACUGCAGCACUCUUCAACGCCACGGGUUACAGCUCACUCGUAACACUGAAGCACCGAGUGAUCCACGCAGAGAUGCAGAGACUAGACCACGAAGGACUCGAUUCACUUGUUGCUUAUUGUUUCUUUUCAUCCUCUUGAUGAAAACGGGCUGCCACGGUGGUGGGAUGUUAACUGCCUCGCCUGGUAUACAGGAGGUCGUGGGUUCGAUCCCGACCCUGAUGCCUGUGUAUGUGGAGUUUGCGUGUUCUCCCCGUGGUCGUGUGGAUUUUUCUCCGGGUCCUCCGGUUCUCCCCUGCACAUUUAUAAACACUCGUUUAGAGUAUUUGGUUGCUAUAAAUCUCGACGUGAUGAUAAGCCACUUCGUUGAGCUUUCAUUUGUGGCCAGGUCGCUAAUAGUCUAAAAUUAACAAUUGGGUAAAACUCAUUGGCCUUUUUUGAUCAAGUUGUGAAUUUGGCCCUGAGUGUGCACUGGCCCACUGAGAUUCAAAACACAGUUAAGAGCAGCAUCGAUUUUUAGAACAAUACACUGCAGCGCAGUCCAUCUGAACACACAUGGAUGCAAGUAACACUGUACAAUAUAGCACAACAGUCCACUGUGGAACAACGCUAAAUCGUGAACCACUACGAUGUAGCUGAACAGGACACGGAAGUGUACACGUGUAACCUUAAUCAUGCAUCUCCCACCGUGCUGUUUAUCACAAUUUCACUUGGGUUUAUUUUAAAACCUGGAAAUAUUUUUCAAUUUUGUUUAAUAAACGUGUAUGUUUAA